AUGGAAGUUGAGGUUACCUCGGUUAAAGCAGCUCCUUCUAGUGUUAUAGUUGGUUCCCCCGUUACAUGUACUUGGAACUACACUGGGGCAGCGGCCACAGGCAAUUUAAGUCUUGUCGAUGAAACAACUAAAGCCGCAACUGUAAUUAGCUCCGCAAUAAACCUCACAAGUCUAAGUUACUCAUAUCAGACUACUACCCCGGGCGAUUUUUGGUUUAGUUUAAGUGAUGGGACUAGUAAUUCGCUCUCUAACGUCUUUCAUGUCUUGACUCCCGCACAAGCUAGUGCUAGUUCCACCGGAGCUCCAUCUCCCUCUGACACAUCUUCCCCCAAUGGGGGAUCUCCCGGUUCAUCAGCCAAAAAAAGUGCUGCUUCGGCUAAAUCAAGCUUCACUGUAUCAAAUAAACUUCUGAUUGGUCUUAUUAUGAUUGUAACAGUAAUGAUGUUCUUUGCCUAA